AUGCUGAAGUACGGUAGUGUGAGUGGGAACACUGCCCGAGUGCGCUGGUUUGGCAGCUCGGCUACCAGACAGGACUUUAUGUCCUGGUUCAGGCGGGCGAAGAAAGAGAAGGCAUUGGCUAAAGAGCCAGUAAGAAGCACACAGGAAGUUAUGAGCGAUAUAGAGUCCGGGAAAGCUAUUAAGGGCGAAGCACAGAUUGCUAAACUGGAUCUGACCCGGGAAAAUUUCAUCGGGAAACGAGUUCGCAAAGUCCCACCACUCAAAGAGAUUCCUUACAACCACUGGUUAUCCGCAAAGAAGGUUACCAAGGAAAAUGAACUAGAUACAGUGUUGCUGGACGCAUACAACAGUUCUGUAAUCGGUGUUGGGGGUGCAAAAAUUGACGCCGUGACAAACGCCGCAUUCCAGUCUGCAUUUUCUGACUUGGCGACAAAAUUUAGAUUUGUGAAGACCUUGCAAUGUAAGACCGGUCAUCCGAUAUCAGAUUAUUACUUGACUGUUUUAAGCACACCUUCGCAGUUCAAGGAGUACUAUAUGGAGGCUAUUCUCUCCGGGAAAUUAGCCAAAUUCAACGAAAAGGAACCGAACGCCAUCGAAAUCAAAGCAGAUACCUACAAGGCACCAAACAUCCACGUAAACCAAGAGAAGACUGUUGGACAGCAGAUGAGUAAGUUCAGUAAAAUUCUACGUGAGGUAAAGGCGAUGGAACGGGCCGCAACAGAGGAGGCUCUCGAAAGGGCCCGGAGAUCGUGA